AUGUCUGGCGCGAACGUUGCAAUCAUUGGCGUAGCCUGUCGGUUUCCAGGCAAAGCAACCACUCCCAGCGGCUAUUUGGAUAUGCUUAUGGAAGGUGGCGAUGCAUGGACCAAAGUUCCCAGCUCUCGGUACAAUGCGGAUGCAUUUCAUCACCCAUUUCAAGGUCGCAGAGGCAGCAUAAUCUGCAACGGGGGCUACUUCCUCAAGGACGACAUUGCCAAGUGGGAUGCUCCGUUUUUUGGCCUUCCAGCCGCCGAAGCACGAGCAGUUGACCCUCAGCAGCGUUUGCUGCUCGAGCUCGCAUAUGAGAGCCUCGAAAACGCGGGUGUAUCUAUAGAGUCCAUCGCUGACACAGAUAUGGGCUGCUACAUGGGGACAGUUGCCUCGAACUACAAGGGCGUCAUCGGUCGAGACCCUCUUGAUACUCCUCGAUACACCAUUGUCGGAUGUGCGUCCUCAAUGCUGGCCAAUCGCAUCAGCUGGUUUCUCAACAUUCGGGGCCCUUCGGUCACACUCGAUACAGCUUGCUCCAGCUCUGCCGCAGCCCUGCAUCUUGCAUGCGAAGGCAUCAAGUCCAGUUCCAGCACGACUCGUUGUGCACUGGUUGGGGCUUCGAAUCUGGCUUUUGAUCCAGACGAUCUAAGUGCGUUCAGUGCUCUGGGGUUUCUCAGUCCCGAAAGCCACUGCUUCGCUUUUGACGCACGUGCGAACGGCUACGCGCGAGGCGAGGGUGUUUCUGUCUUGGUGCUCAAACACCUGGACGAUGCUAUUCGGGACGGUGAUCCCAUUCGAGCUGUGAUCAAAGCCACUGGCAUGAACUCAGAUGGAAGGACAGCGGGUAUUGCCCUCCCAAGUUCUCAUGCUCAACAGCGUUUGAUUAGUAGCACGUACGCACUUGCUGCAUUGGACCCGAAUGAUACGCAAUACGUGGAGAUGCAUGGAACAGGCACUAAAGCUGGCGAUCCGGCUGAGAUGCAAGCUGUCUUGGGCGCUCUGGCGGGACAGCGGCCCUCGACACUCUAUUGCGGCUCAGUGAAGACACAAAUUGGUCAUCUGGAAGCCGCGGCGGGAGUUGCUGGUAUUGUCAAAUGUAUCCUGGCCAUGGAGGUAGGUGUGAUUCCUCCGAAUCGCAACUUCGAAACGCCCAACCCAACUCUGGCACCUGAGAUCGCACAGGGCCGAGUUGCCAUCCCAACAACUCCCUUACCAUGGCCCAGCUCCAGUGCAGUGAGGCGUUGUUCCGUGAAUAGUUUCGGUUUUGGCGGAACGAACGUUCACAUCGUGCUCGAAGCGGCAACGAACUCCCGUGGCAUCGUGAAGACACCGCAUCCGGAGUCUAAAGGGUUGCCGUUCAUUUUUGUGCUGUCUUCGCCGGUGCGAGACGGUGUUGCGCGCCAGUGCAAGGCUCAUUAUAACUACGUUGAAAGGCUCGGUACGUCCAAUCACCGCGAGUCUUUCUUGCCUGAUCUGAUGUAUACACUCAACCAACGACGAUCCAUCUUCCGAUGGCGACAUGCUGUCUUGGCUCGGGACAUUAACGAGCUGUUAACUGGCUGGGCUGAAAGCCGUAUCGUCCCUACGAAAGCAUUGAAAGCCCGAGUCGCGCUCCUGUUCACAGGACAAGGAGCACAGUGGCCGGGAAUGGGUCGUGAGCUAGUGCUCCAUCCCAUCUUCGCACAGUCCAUCCGUGCAUCGGCAACAUGUCUACGAGAGCUAGGGGCUGAAUGGGAUGCAGAGGUCGAGCUCUUGGCGCCGAAGUUGGGGUCACGGAUACAUACGGCCGAGUUUUCGCAACCCCUGUGUGCCGUGCUGCAAAUGGCUCUGGUGGACUUGUUCUCGUACUGGGGAUUAUCACCCGUUGCGGUCGUCGGGCAUUCAUCCGGCGAGAUUGCCGCAGCGUAUGCGGCUGGUGCUUUAGGUCGACGUGACUGCCUCACAGUUGCGCUUCACCGGGGCAUCAUCUCUCAGGCGGCUCAAGAGCAAAGUCCGGGUCGCUCGAUGAUGGCCGUGGGAUUAUCCAGUGGUCAGAUACAACAAUACCUGGACGACAACAUUACGUUGGCUUGUAUCAACAGUCCUGAGAGCGUGGCGGUUGCCGGGCAUAAGGGUUGCUUGGACACACUGAGGGCCUCAUUGCAGAGCGAAAGCAUCUUUUGCCGAAUGCUGCGCGUGGACAUUGCGUAUCACAGUCCACAGCUGUUCCCCUUUCGUGACGAGUAUCACGGCCGCAUUGCAGGCAUUACGCCCAACACCGACAGCAACGACCAUGCCGCUGUCCACUUCUACUCAACGGUGUACGGUCGUCGGAUUCCACACUCGCAGCUCAACGCAGACUAUUGGGUCGCAAAUCUGUGCUCGACCGUCGACCUGGUGUCUGCGCUAAACAGUCUUAUGGACAGCAGCGUAGAAUCUGUACCCGACAUCAUGGUAGAGAUUGGUCCACACGGCGGAUUGGCCGCCCCCUUCAACGAGUUCCGCCGCACUCGAGAAAGUUGUGAUGAUAUGUUCUACUGCAGUGCACUAUCCCGUCAAGUGGACGCAAACACUACAGCCAUGGGCGCCGCGGCUUCUCUUUGGGCACGUGGUGUCUCCCUUGACUUGAAGAAGCUCAACGAAAGGCCGAAUUCAGCUCCUGACAAGGCAGUUCUCACCGAUUUGCCCUCUUAUCAGUGGAACCAUUCGACGGCUUAUUGGCAUGAGACGCGAAUGUCGCGAAACCGCCGCUUUCCCACGUUCGCACGACACGACCUAAUCGGAUCACGAUCGGAAGCUUUUAAUCCCCAGGAGCCUGUAUGGGGUAAUCGUUUACGCGUGCCAGAGUUGCCGUGGCUGAGCGAUCACCAGAUCCAGGGUCAGAUUUUGUUUCCCUUCACCGGUGUAAUUUGUUCAGCGAUCGAAGCCAUGCGCCAGCUCGAGGAGGAAUGGGGCACCAUUGCAACCGUAUCGAGCUACCAACUGCGCGACAUCACCAUGUUGGAAUCCCUUGUCAUUCCAAAGGGUGACAAUGGAGUCGAGACGUCCUUGCAUUUCACAAAGAGGAAAGCGCAAGCAAAGACGCUGCGCGAACCCUGGUACGACUUCUCCUUGUAUUCCGUCACGAAUGACGUCUUUGUGGAACAUGGCUGUGGCAGUAUACGGGUUACUCGCAAAGAUGUUAUCACCGAAGUUGACGGCGGCACAGAGGCUGGGGAAGAAGUAAUGGCUUAUCGAAGGCGCUAUCGGCAAAACCACGCUGGCUGCACAAAAACAGUAUCUGGUAAGAGUCACUACGAGUACUGUGACAGUAUUGGCGUUUGCUAUGGCUCGACCUUUCAAGGAGUCAACGAAGUGCAUCACGAUAUGUCUACGGCUUGUUUUGAGGUCAAGGGCCUCUACUUCCCGUCCGCAAUGCCCAAGGGGAUUCAGAGCUCUUAUCUGAUCCAUCCGGCGAUGCUCGAUGCUCUCAUGCAGCCGAUUUUUGUCGCCGUCAGAAAUGCAUCUGAGAUUCCGAAGCAGACCUGGGUUCCCCUUAGCAUCGAUUCCUUGGACGUUUCGAGCGACUUUCCGCAAAAUAUCGAUACUCGUGUCCAUGGAACAUGCACGAGCUCAUUCGGUGGCCAGAACAGCUUGACAUUGGCCUUCAGUGUCGUGGCGUCGAGUUGCCCAUCACCUCAUCUGACGGACUUGGUGCGAAGAUCGCUGAUAGCUACUCCCGCAUCAUUUGGAAGCCAGAUUUUUGAACUUCUGGGCCCGUGUGAGCUCAAACAGUCCUUGUUGGCACCCAAAAAUGGACACUUGGCCGUCGACAUGGAGCGAUUUCUGAUGGAUGCUGAUCACGUUCUCGGAAAGAUGUGCGAGACCGCCGCCACAAAGUUUGCAUAUUUUCCCACGAGCGGUCUUCCUAUGCAUUUGCAAAAGUACUUACAGUGGAUGCGCACCCGCUAUCCUCAGACGCUUGACCAUCUCGAUGCUGGGAUCAGCACAACACAUAACGCCGGGAGUGCUUCAGAUCAAUUUAGCAACAUCUCAGAACUCGUUCAAGAGUUUUCCGCCAAGUAUCCCUCCGAUGGACCCCUUAUGCACCAUAUGCUUAAUUCCUUGGACGACGUUUUACGGCAAAAGACUACUCCCAUCGAAGCCAUGACGGCUAGCGAACACUUCACCAGAUUUUACAGGGAGGCGUACGGAAUGACUCGCAUUGAAACAGCUUUUCAGCGACUGUUUGAUCUGAUCGCUCACAAGAAGCCGGACUUGCACGUCCUCGAGGUUGGCGCCGGCACAGCAUCGACAACAUUGCCAAUACUGCAGGCCCUAAGCCAGGCGGACGACGGUCUCCCUCGAUUUGCCAAGUGGACGUUUACUGAUAUCUCUGCAGGAUGGUUCGACAGCGCCAGACGAGUGCUGAGCGACUGGCAGUCUCAUAUCGACUACAAGGUGCUCGAUAUCGAGCAUGAUCCCGUAGGGCAAGGAUUCGAGAGCGAAUCGUACGAUGUCAUGGUGGCUGUUAACGUAAUCCAUGCAACUAAAGAUAUUCGUCAAUCGCUUCGCCAUUGCCACCGCAUGUUGAAGCCCGAAGGCCAUCUCGUACUGGGUGAGAUCACGGGCGCACACGAUCUCGGCACCUUCGUGUUUGGGAUCCUCCCUGGGUGGUGGCUUGCUGAGGAUGGCCGACACAACGGGCCCCUGUUGCUACCGAAAGAAUGGGACGAGCAGCUCGAAGAGACGGGUUUCACCAGGGCCAGGGCCAUGGUGCAUGAUGGCGAUCAAGACAAUGUGCAUCGAAUGUCCAUGAUCGUGAGUCAAAAGACGAAUAUGACAACAGAUGCAAGGUCGAAGGACAUCUUGAUCAUUACUCCUACAGAGUAUUCGAACGGCAUCAAGCAUCUCGCCUCGAAUCUGGAGCAAUGCUUUGCAAAAUCUGGCGUGACCGCGAUCAUCAAAGGUUUGGACCAUGUCAGUCCUGCUUACCUCGAGGAGAAAACUUGCAUCUCGCUCCUGGAAAUUGAGACGCCUCUUCUGGACAACAUGGAUGCCACUCAAUUUCUGAAGCUGCAGACAAUAUUUGCACAUGCCAAGGAGCUGCUCUGGGUGGCCAAGUCAAAAGAUGCGGAUGGAUAUAAUCACCCCAGCUUUCGCAUCAUCUCCGGGCUCAUGAGGUGCCUGAAGAUGGAGGAUGCCACACGGAAGUUCAUGGAGAUGCACAUCGAAGACCCAGCAGCUCAAACUGCCGCCGCUCUGAGCCAAAUAAUCUUGUCCCGGCUUGCAAGCUGUUGGACAAAUCGCAAAGGUGUUGGAGAAAUAGAAACUGCACAGCGCCAGGGCACUCUCUGUAUUCCGCGCUAUGUCCCAGACACCAAACUGAACUCAAGCUUGGCCAGGGAGACUGGUAGGGAGGUGAAAGCCGUGACUAUGAAACUUUCCAACGUCAGAAAACCUUUGCGCUUGGUACUCGGAAAACCAGGACUUCUGGAGACUCUCCACUUUGUGGAUUUGGACGUACCAAAGGCUUUGGGGGACGACCAAGUCGAGAUCAAGGUCACCGCGUGUGGGCUGAACUUCCUCGACGUCUUAAUCGCUAUAGGUGAGAUUCACCGGGCCGCUUUUGGUCAUGAGGCUGUCGGGAUCGUGUGUCGCACAGGAGCCAAGGUUGAACAUGUGGCCACUGGCGAUCGAGUCGUGUGGAUGAGCCAAGGGUCGAUGCAGACCGAAGUUCGGGUGAGCGCAUCAUAUGUCCACCGUGCUCCGGCGCAUUUGACAGACGAAGAACUCGCCUCGAUCCCUGUUGCAUAUUGUACGGCGUAUCGAUGCCUCGUGGAAGUGGCACAUUUGCAAAAGGGGGAGAGUGUCCUCAUUCACGCAGCGGCUGGAGGUCUGGGUCAGGCUCUGAUCCAGGUGGCCAAGUCACUCGGCGCAAACAUAUUCUGCACGGUGAGCACCCAUACGAAAAAGGAAGCGGUUGUGGCAAUGGGUGUGGCUGCCGAACAAGUCUUCAGUUCACGCGACUUGACUUUUGAGAAGGGAAUCAAGCGUACCACGAAUGGGAAGGGUGUCGACGUCGUGGUGAACUCACUUGCAGGAGAGGCUUUGCGACGGUCCUGGUUUUGUCUAUCGUCAUACGGACGCUUUAUCGAAGUCGGCAAGAGAGACAUCCUGGGCAACAGCAAACUCGACAUGAGUCCUUUCCUUCGAAAUGCUACCUUUGCAGCAGUAAACCUCGAACCCAUGAUGGAUCAACCGGAAGAAAUCCGCAGACUUAUGGAUCGAGUAUUCUCUCUGUUGAAGCAGAGUACGAUUGGCCUCAUUCGGCUAAUCACCGUCUAUGACUUUGGCAAUGCGGAGAGAGCGUUUCGAGACAUGCAGCGAGGGACCCAUCUAGGAAAACUUGUACUGCGUUUCACGACUGAGUCGAUAGCACCUGUCAAGCUGCAGACACCCUUCACUUGGACCCUGGAUUCAGAAGCAACAUAUCUACUGGUCGGUGGUCUUGGAGGGCUGGGCCGAGCGCAAGCAGAAUAUAUGGUUCAACAUGGAGCACGUUACCUUGCCUUCAUUUCUCGCUCAGGCAAAGCCGGGAAAGAAGCCAGUGACCUCAUCACCCGCUUGGUCGCCGCCGGGGUUAGCGCGAAGACAUAUGCGUGCGAUGUUGCCCAAAGAGACGAGCUUACUGCGGUACUGGAAGAUAUCGCCUCGACGAUGCCACCCAUUCGUGGCGUGGUCCAGGGCGCCAUGGUGCUCCAGGAUACCGUUUUCCACAAAAUGACCUUUGAGCAAUGGGUCAAGGCUACGAGGCCUAAAAUACAAGGCAGCUGGAACUUGCACGAGCUUCUUCCUAAAGAUCUUGACUUUUUUGUGAUGCUAUCGUCGCUGGCCGGCAUCAUAGGUGCGAUAUCGCAAGCAAACUAUGCGGCAGGAAACACAUGUCAGGACCAGCUUGCAUAUUACCGCCGGUCGAAAGUUCUGCCGGCAGUGAGCCUUAAUCUCGGGGCCAUCGAAGGAAUAGGUUACGUGGCAGAAAACAAGAGUGUUGCGGUGGGAGCGUCUCGCAUGCCCCCGAUGCCAAAGGCGCAGUUCUUCCACAUGCUCGGCUGUGCCAUGGCGGGAAUGUCUGACAGUGACGAGCCAACGAGUGAACAAAUCCUUAGCGGUACCGGAAGCGGCGGCCGACUGCAAGAGAUGCAGAAAGAGUCUCCGCAUGCCGAUUUGCCUUUCCUCCGGAUGCUGGCGCCUUUCGCUCUCUUGAAGCGCUUUGGCACAGAAUCUCUGCAAAAGCAAGAAAUCGACACUGGAGCUGGAAUGCAAGACAGCUCUGCUCUGCUGGCAACAUGCGACUCUCUGGACGAGGCAAGCAUUGUAGUACAGAAAUUGCUUGUGGGCAAAAUCGCGAGCAUCAUUUCGUUAUCGGAGACGGACAUCGACACGGCUUUGCCCAUCAGCUCGUAUGGUGUCGAUAGCCUGAUCGCCGUGGAGUUACGCAACUGGAUAUCCUCACAACUUCAUAGUGACAUUAGCAUAUUUGAGCUGACUAGUACUGUCGCCAUUCACGAACUGAGCAGGAAGAUAGCACGGCUCAUUGUGGCAUGCGAAGGCAGCCGGUCAGAGCUACCACUUUCUAUUCGAGCCACUAGGUUCGAAAAGGAGGUAGGCCGGAAGCUAUAUCAUGACCAUGCUGUAGAGAGAGCGUUACGGUGUCAAAUUUUGCAUGGCACAUAG